CUUUUUGUAGAGCCAAUUGUACAACACUCGUCUGUAGAACACUCGCGUUUUCGUCGUUGGCGCAAUCAUAAUUCCGUUCUUGCUGACAUUCCAACCUCCCUCCCCCUCCCCUCACUCCCUCUCUUUCUGUAUUUCUCGCUCUUUUUCUUCGUGCUACGUUUUCUCGAUCUCUUUUCUAUCCGCACGAGAUAAUCUCUUCGAUGUAUCUCCAUUUCACCUUUCAGGAUAUCAUAAAGAAAAACCGAGCCUCUUUCACAUUUUUAUGUUGUGAAAAUCAAGGCGGGUUCGUGUCGUAAAACGUUUCGCGUUUUACGCUGCUUGAUACAGACGUCUGUACUAGACGUUUGUAUUGUUCGCCGACUAUAUAAGGUCUACGUGGCUCGAUUGUGCAGACAGAGAUUCGCCUGGUCUUGGAUAGACGCGCGCAAGCAUGAAGUCCCUCAUCGUCCUAUCGUGCCUCACGCUGUCGACGCUGGCUUUGCCGUAUACGCCUUAUCAGGCGUAUCACGGUGCGCCUGUCGGAUAUUAUCACGGACCGCCGGCCCCGCUGGACCACGACGGCCGGGUGAUCGACACACCGGAAGUGGCUCACGCCAAAGAGGCGCAUCUGGCGGCGUACGCCGCGGCGGCCGCCAGGACCGCACCUCAGUACGGCGGGCCGCAUUACGCGGAAUAUCCCGUGAACGAUGGAAGUUACGACGGAAGUUACAACGGAGGUUACUCCGGAUACCGCAGCGGGUACCACGGUCCACCGGCGCCGCUCGGUCACGAUGGCCAAGUGAUCGACACGCCGGAAGUGGCCCACGCCAAGGCCGCGCAUCUGGCCGCCCACGCCGCGGAGGUGGCCAAGAUCGCCCAUCAUCGAUCAUACGUGGAUCCCUAUUCGCAUAUCCCACAAUGGCUCCUCUUCUUCGCCAUGUCGAGCGCCAUUCUGGCAGCUCCUCAGUGGUAUGGACCCCAUGCUUCCCCGGCGCCGUUAGGCCCCGACGGUCGCGUGGUGGACACACCGGAAGUCGCACAACUAAAGGCCGCCCAUUUGAAUGCUCUGGCGGAAGCUAAUGCACGUGCACCGAAGGGACCGGGACCAGUCGGCUCUUAUCCCGGGCCUAGCGGAUACGCUUCCGGAAAUUACAUUUCACAUUACAGCGGGCCACCGGCCCCGCUGGGCCCGGACGGCCGCGUAGUCGACACACCCGAGGUUCAGCAAGCCAAGGCCGUACAUUUCUCUCUCUACAAUGCGGAAGCGAGGCGCGUGCCGGCCGGUCCAGCCGAUCCAGUUGCCACCGGCGCCUACGAUCCGUCCUGGAACAAUGGCGCCUACAACCCCGCUUGGGAUGGCUCGGCCAGCAACUACUAUGUAACGCGAGAGAUGACACGUUUCGCGAUCGUGCUGCUCGGCUUGACCAAUCUAGUCUCGGCCAGGCCAACUUUCCUGCCCGUACCACUGACGUACGCGACACCCCUGAUAUCCGGUACGCAAGUCGGUACCAACGGCGGAACACCGGAUAAUCCUGAAAUCUCAAUCGCGCACAUCAACGAAAGGACAAGCGGAGUUGCGAGAUCGACUACUGAAUCUCAGUUGCGAUCAUCGUCCUCGUUGAUCCGUGAUGGUGUGCAGCCAACAUCGACGUCUUUCGCGCCUCUCGGCGCUGACGGCAGGGUUGUGGACACACCGGAAGUUGCAGCCGCGAAAGCAGCUCACGCAGCCGCGCACGUUAACGAGAGGAUCAAUUUGGCAAACGAGGUUGCCAGGUCCAGUGGCGACGUAUCGGAUUCGUCUGAUGUCGUAAACAGCAAUUCUAACGGCAGAAUCCUGGACGCACCGGAAGUGGCGACUCGCAUCGACGGGAAGAUCAACCUGGUGAAGGAGGUUGCGAGCUCCGGCGAUGAUCUCACGCGCAUCGUGGGUGGUCGUGUGGUGCCAUUGGUGCUCGGCAAUGGUGUCGUCGCCGCUCUGAUGCCUGUUGAUCCUGAUGGCAGACCGCUGGACGUGCCGGAAGUGAUCGCACGCGGCGAUCAGAAUCUGUCGAACGACGUGAGGUCCGUCGACGCCCUGGCAGUCGCUGGUUCGACGCUUGCUUACGGAAGAUUGGUUUAUUAAAGAAAUUUUACCGAUGCACUUGAGAAAGACAUACCCUACGGCUUACUUUGUAUGCGCCUCUUUGUAUUAAAUAAUUGCAGAAUUUCAAAUUAUAAUUGUAAAUUAUUCCUAGGUCUGAAGAUUCAGGGAUUAUGUAUCACCCCAUUAGAUGAAAAAUGAAAAAUUCGAUGGGACUCGAUGAAUAAAAUAUUCUUUAAUCAUGUAUUUUUUGCUUGUAGAACGAUUACUUUCACCGACAAUUCAUAUAUAUUCGGUGUACAAGAUAUGUAAAAAUAAAUAACACACCACAUAUAGCAUGUAAAGCCAA